AUCCCAACACUUCUCCCACUGGCCUGACCUGAAACCAGGCUCUGCUCCCGUAAAGAAGCACGGCAAAAAGAUCAUGGAAGGCGUUGCUCAGGGGGUGUCCAAGAUCGAUGACCUGAGCAAUGGCUUGCUGGACCUCAGCGAGCUUCAUGCCUUCCAGCUGAGGGUGGACCCAGCCAACUUUAAGAUCCUGGCCCAAUGCCUCCAGGUGGUCAUCGCCACCAUGUUCCCCAAUGACUUCACCCCGGAAGCCCACGUCGCCUUUGAUAAAUUCCUUUCCAACUUGGCUCUGGCUCUCUCUUAGAAGUACCGCUGAUCUGGGCUCAACCACACCGAAGCCAUGCAUAACUCAGUGAACGCAACGGAGCAAUAAAAAGCAUGCCACCCAA